AAAGAGGCUUCAUCCAAGUCUCGGCACGACAAAACAGGAUAUGAAAGAGGAAUCCUAUAAACAAGAUACAAGUUUGAAGAGGCGGGCAACAAACCCAGAGAAACGGUCUCUACAUUUCAGCUCUUUUCCUGAGAGGCCAGAACCACACCAGCGUUUGGACCCCAACACGAGGACAAAAACUAGACCGAGGUCCUACUCCAGCACUUCAAUUGAAGAUGCAAUGAAGAAGGCAGAGGAGCCUCCCACCCCUCCUCCUCGUCCCCAGAAAACCCACUCCAGAGCCUCCUCACUGGACCUCAACAAGCUUGUCCAGCAGGGUGCUCCAGGGAUAAAAAGCGGAUGGUUGCCACAUCCUCCCGCCCUCCCUCCAAGACCAUCAGCCUCACAGGUGCCUCAUUUUAUUAAUGCUUCGGACGUAACUCCCCAGAAUAAAGUGCAGCCGCCAAACUUUGCCAACUUCAGUCUCUUCAGAGAAGAAGAAGAAAGCAGUGUCAAGCCUGAAGAACAGGGUCCAUGUUCUAGAUUUGGCCCAAGUGAUGAAGACUUAGCAAAUGUUUCAAAACAGGACAUGAUUGGUGUUUCUCACAGUCAGGCCCCACAGAAGCCAGUUCGCAGGAAAUACCACCUAGAAAGCCAGAACCUGGAGACCAUGCCAUUUCCUCCCUCCACCAAACCUGCUCAAAAGCUGCUGUCCAGACAGAAGAGGGACAUCCAGAUGGCGAUCCGUAAAAACAAGGAAACCAACGCAGUGCUGACACGCCUCAACAGCGAGCUUCAACAGCAGCUCAAGGUGGUUCACCAGGAGAGGGUCACCUUGGAGUCCCAGCUGGAGUUCCUGCGGCCUCUGACCUCGACGUGAUUGAACCGGAGGUCUUGUUAGAGUCAUGUUACCAGUGCGUCACCAGGACACGAAUGUUUGAGCCAAGACACACAAAGAUGUUGUCUUUUGUAAUGAUUACAGAAUAAAUGUAAAAAGGGCUGACAGUAGAAACAAAGGUGCAUUGUAGACAUAUAGGGAUGUGAUUCUUAGAUUUCUUUGCAGUGAACAAUAAAGUCGCUCCACCAGA